UCGACUUGCCUGAGGCUCGACGCGCAUAUUUCACACUUAAAAAAUAUGGUUUUCGGCUGUUCAUUCGCGGUCCUUAAGAUAUAGUGUUCUUUAAGAAACUUCAGCGUAUUUCGUCUACAAGAUUUAUACAUGUACUUGUAACGGUUGUAUUUUAUUAGUGUUUUUUUAUGACGGAGCAAAUCCUGCGUCCUCAAAACUUCUGUUUUCAUUUGACGGAUAUUACUGAAUGAAGACCACGAUUCGUGUGAGGAAGAACAAAAUGGGUAGCUUUCCGACUUGGCCAGUUAUAAUAUUGUUUGCCCUGAAGAUUCAUACAGCUCUGUUGGCCAAAUGCCCAAAAGUCUGCGUCUGUGACAGCAUCCAGCUCACCAUUGCUUGUGUCAACAAGAAUCUCACAGAGGUUCCACCUACCAUUGAUGAGAUAACAGUGAAACUGGACCUGCGAGGAAACAACUUGCAGGAGCUUCCUACAGGGGCAUUCGCACACACACCGUACCUCACACACCUGUCCCUGCAGAAUAGCAACAUCCGACGAGUGCGGGAAGGAGCCUUCAGAAAACUCGGCCGGCUGGUUUUACUCAACCUGGCCAACAACAAGAUUGAGAUCCUUUACCAGGAGUCAUUUGAUGGUCUUUCCUCACUAAAGCAGCUGAUUAUUGACCGGAACAGAGUGGAGGAGAUCCAGCCUGGAGCUUUUUCACAGCUGGGUUUUCUCAACCUCCUGUCCCUCACACACAACCAACUGGUGUACAUACCUAACAUGGCAUUCCAGGGUUUGCAGAACAUCAAAUGGCUACGUCUCAGCCACAAUUUCAUCAAUUAUCUGGCAACAGAGGCGUUUGCUGGCCUCUUCACUCUUACCAGGUUGAGCCUGGAUAACAAUGAGCUGCAGUUUUUCCCCACUGAGACCAUGAUGCGACUUCCAGAAGUAACUCGUUUAGAGCUGAGCUUCAACCCCAUGACGUACCUCGGAGAUGAGUGUGUGUCGAUGCUGAAGCUCACUCACCUCCUCCUGGACCACAACUCCCUGCAGGACUUUUCAAACGCUGCUAUCCUUCUGUCUCCCCGUCUUACUCAUCUGGACUUGAGCCACAACCAGCUGCGCAUCCUGCAGCCAAUGGCCCCCGGGUCUCCCAAACUGACCCGGCUCAAUCUGGCAGGAAACCCCAUCUACUGCAGCUGUUACCUGCGGCCCCUGCGCGAGUGGGCCACACAGGAACGUGUUCGUCUGGGUGGGACAUGUGGAGGCCCGGCGCAUCUGUCUGGUGAGAAUCUGGAAGCGGUGCAGCCUGUCAAUCUGCGCUGUCUGAGUCAGGAGGCCAUGCUGAAGGCUGAGCUGGAGGAGCAGAUGCUGCCCCCACUGCCCACAACACCACCACCAGAGAAAGGCAAAUGCCCAGCUAACUGUGCAUGUGAGACUGAGAACCGCCACUCAUCAUGCGAGAACAAAGGCCACACCAAGAUACCUCGUGGAUUUUCUCCAGACACACGCCUGCUGGACCUGCGGGGCAACCAUUUCCACUACAUCCCUGCAAACAGUUUCCCAGGUACAGCAGAAGUAGUUUCCCUUCAUCUGCAGCGCUGCAAGAUCCACGAUGUAGAAGACGGAGCCUUCAAUGGAAUGAAGAGUCUGGUCUACCUCUACCUCUCAGAAAAUGACCUCACAUCAUUAACUUCAGAGGCAUUCAAAGGUCUGCCCCAUCUCACCUACCUCCAUCUGGAAAAGAAUCGUUUCACUCAGUUCCCCAAAGGAGCAUUCAAGUUGUUGCCAGGUCUCCUGGCUCUGCACAUGGAGAAUAAUGCCAUCACUAAACUGGAAACAGCGCUCUUGACAGGCGCUGAGAAACUGAGGGGUCUCUAUCUCACUUCCAAUGUCAUCACAGCGGCUGCUCCCCAAGCCUUUGAUCCUGCACCCGACUUGGAGACUCUUCAUUUAGGCAGCAACAAACUGAAGGAGGUUCCAACUGAGGCCUUUUCCAAAGCCAGAAGCCUAGCAGAACUCAAGCUCUCCCAUAACCCCAUUCGGUGGAUUGGAGCUGGAGCCUUUCAGCCAGUUGGCACCACACUUAAACAUCUAUACCUUGAUCAUAUGGGCUUAGAAAAGGUAUCUACAGAUUUUCUAGCAGGACUAGGGUCUGGUCUGAGGAGUCUGCUUCUUGAAGGAAACCAGGUUGAAGAGCUGCCUGACUUGAGUCCACUCACUGGACUUGAGGUCAUAAACUUGGCAGAGAAUCCACUGCUCUGCGACUGUCCACUGUUAUCUCUUCGCAGGUGGAUUGAGCAGGUCAAUUUGAAGGUCAGAGCAACCUGUGGUCACCCACCAGAACUCAGAGGUCAAAGAGUCAAAGACGUCCAUGUUUUUAAGAGUUGCCCAGGGGGAAAGUCUCCUUCUGCCCAGCGCCCCAAACCAACAAGAGCCCCAAAGACUGAAUCUGCUCAAGUCAGUCCUCCAAAAAUCAUUAAGAGAGUAGACAGAAAAGCCACAGGCAAAUCACGCAAAGGUGCAAAACCUCAUACAGUGCAGAAAACCGCCAUGAAGAAAAGGAAGUCUGUGUGAUUCUGCAGUAAUUAGUCAGUUAACCAUUGAUAUAUACACUACCUGACUAAAGUCUUGUCGCCUAUUUUUGUCCCGAGUUUUAGGACAAUUGUAAUUGAUCAUCUAAUUCUUCUAAUUGAUCAUUAGGUAUCAAAAGUGACUUAUAUGAAAGGCCUUAAGAUUAUGCUUAUUUUACUAAAAUAAAAUAUGAUCAUGCCUUGAUUUUUUUUUUACCCCAGACAUGCUCAAUAAGGUACAUGUUUGGUGAAUAGGCUGGCCAAUGCUGGAGCACCUAGACCUUUGCUUGCAGGAACUUUGAUGUGGAGGCUGAAGCAUGAGGAGCGCUAUCCUGUUGAAGAAUUUGUCCUCUCCUGUGGUUUGUAAUGUAAUGGGCAGCACAAAUGUCUCGAUACCUCAGGCUGUUGGUGUUGUCCACUCUGCAGAUCUCUCAUACACCCCCAUACUGAAUGUAACCCCAAAUCAUGAUUUUUACUUCACUAAACUUGAUGAUUUCUGUGAGAAUAUUGGGUCCAUGCGGGUUCUAAUAGGUCUUCUGCAGUAAUUGUGAUGACUGGGAUAUAGUUCAACAAAUGAUUCAUGGUAAAAAUCUACCUUCUGCCACUUUUCCAAAUGACCAACUAGAAGUUAUUAUUUGUUGCUGACAACUGAGAUUGACGAAAAGACUUUUGUCAGGUAGUGUAGAUAACCCAAACCCAUAUUAUAGAGUUCCCUCAGUGAGAGUUCCAGUUCUAUUUAUAGUGUUGAAAAACAUACUUCAAAACAUCUACAAGUUUUGUAUUAUAGAAUUACUAUAAAUAUUCUAUGAAGAAAAACAUACAGGUUUGGCAUGAUCAGGAAAAGAACUAGUCUACUUUACAUGUUCAUGAGCCAGCUAAGAAUUUAAAGGAUUCUAAAUGUAUACAAAAACUCCAAUUUUAAUUUAGUAACCUCCAUAUUACAUUAUGACUCUGUAUUAUAGCAUUACUCUAUAAGCUCAUUUUCUACUGUGUAAAAAUAAAAGUCAGAAAGUGCUUUCACAGUUAUUUUAAUACAAAACUGAACAAUAUUAU